AUGUCAGAAGAGCAACCGAGUAGUGCAUCUGCAGAGAGUCGAUCAAAAGUCCGGAAAGAGAUUCGUUCACUUUUACAAGAAGUUCAAGAAAAUCGUGAUAAAUUAGCAGAUCCCGACAACGAUGACAUUCUCAAUAUAGUCCAACGGAGUACACAAGUUUUUUCCCAAAUUGAUCAUCCACGUGAAGCCGCCCUAGAUGCCGAGUGUUUCACGAUGACGUCCAAUGUGACUUUAGAGAAGACGCAGCGUUUAAAGACUGGGUUUCGGACCUACGAGAUAUCGAGUUUCAUCACGAAGUUUCGUGAGUUGUAUUCUGAGUCGAAUGAGAUCAGCAGCGACCAACUCUUUAAAUUUGGUACCGAUUUAUUACAGAGUGGGUGGAGAGUAGCUCCAUACUAUCCGAUCAUUGAAGGGAGUGUAGUGGAAAAGCAGAAGAAAGAGCGGAAGAAGAUCGAGAAAAUCGACAUAGGCGAAGCAGUCAAACCUAAGACGAUGAAUGCGGAUGAUUGGUCUGCAGCUAAAGAGACUCCCGAACGUAUUAAAACGAUUAAACAACUUUUAAUGAAAGCGCGCGAAGCCCCAUUUUUCGAGUUUGUGUUGAACACGGAGAGCUUCGGACAGACCGUCGAGAACAUUUUUUAUUCGUCUUUUUUAAUCAAAGAAGGGAGUGCAACACUGAAAAAUAAGAAAGGAAUUCCUUUUAUAGCAAUUGCGGAAUUAAAAGGGAAAGCAAAAGAUAGUGCGACGAGUCAAACAGUAUGCACACUCGACUUCGGGAUGUGGAAAAGUUUGGUGGAAGCCGUUGGUGACCACUUUGUUCAAACAAUACCAACACGAGAAACAUCGGCUGAUGCCUUGAAAGCGAUCCAACAGUACCAGACACAAAGCUUUUAUAAUGAAGAAAUAGUUACACAGUCGGGCAAAAGGACGGUCAAGCCGAAAAAAGUGAGGAAGACCCACGACUGA